UUGGACUGAUUUUCACUUCAACAAAAUUAUUCAUGUGGAUAGAAUACCUAGUGGUUUAUAUGCUCCUCUGAGUUUAUUAUUUAUUAUUAGGUUUUUCAUCAAUUUAAUUUCUUUCUCUGUAUGUUUGAAAUUUCAGAUUAUUAUUUGAUGUCCAGUGUUUGGAAGUCAUAAAUCAAAGCUGGUUAUUUAAUGAAACAAGAAUUCUGAGGUUCAUUAUAUUGGUUCUAAAUUUCCGUGAUUCAAUGUCAAUUUAUGGUGCUUAGCUUAUGACUACAAUACUGUUAGUGGCCAGCUAUCUGUUUAAAAAGAUCCGGGUGUCACUGAAUUUUAUAUGGGGACUACUAUGAAUUUGACUCUUGAUUUGGCAUGUGGAAACAUGUGCUUCAAGAUUGACGAGGGCUGCCAGUGAUAUAUCCCUUUGUGAUGCUAGUUCUAGCGACUAGGAUGCAGUAUUCAGUGUUACUGAUUUAGUGUGAUGAAAUUGUUUAGCAACUACAUCAAUCUGUCUGUUGAUGACUGUCUUUGUUCAUGCUUUUGGUGAAUGUGUGCACUUUGUAUGAUGUAAGCAGCAUGCAAGAAUAACUUUUCAUCGGUUUACAAAAACUCAAAUGUUUCUUUGCCAGUUUUUUUUUUUUUGGUUAUGCAAAAUCCUGAUGGUUCUGAUAGAUGGGUGGUUUAUCCAUUUUAAUUUUCUUUUUUUGCUAACGGUUAGUUUUCACUGCUACUGGAUGUAGAUGUGUGAUGGUUAGAUAGAGAUCAGCUUAUGUUAUUAAUUGAAUGAUUUGGAGAUGUUUUUUUCCCUCAUUUUCUUUUUGAUGAUAUUUUCAUUUGCUUUUUGGGCAUGAUCCUUAUUCUUCUUUGUCCAUCCUUUGCCAUCACGUACUCCAUGUAACAGCAUCCCUAAUGUCCCUAUACUUGUGUGUGAAAGAGGAGAAACAUUGGUUUUUGUGUUUUUGCUGGGGACUAAGUUAUAUAGUAUCCUCGAACAUUUGUGGUUCUUCACGUGUGUGCUUCUGAGGGUCUGCAUGCAUCUGCUGUUCUCUUCUGUUAUCUUUAUCUGUACCAUUUUUGCAGGACAAACCCUGUGUUUGAGAAAACAUUUCAACUUUCAAGGGCGGACAAGGAUUUGUUGUCUAAACAAGAGUAUGAUGUACAGGUUGGUCAGUGUACCAUAUGCUAUCUGAUGAAAAUAUAGGCCACCCACUCUGGGUGCACUAGCCUUAAAUUUUAUAGUCAGAUUUGGUGGUGAUAGUGGCAGCAGGCAGGGUUAGAGAAUAGAGAUAUACUUAUGAUGAUUGCCUCAUUAUGGUUUAGGCAUGGUGUAUGCUGCUUAAUGACAAGGUACCAUUCAGGAUGCAGUGGCCACAAUAUGCGGACUUGCAGGUCAAUGGUGUGCCGGUGCGGGCCAUAAACAGACCGGGGUCACAGUUGCUUGGAACUAAUGGACGUGAUGAUGGCCCCAUCAUCACACCAUGCACCAGAGAUGGGAUUAAUAAAAUUUCCCUAACAGGAUGUGAUGCCCGCGUAUUCUGUUUUGGGGUCAGAAUUGUACAGAGGCGUACUGUCCAACAG